AUGUCUGUUAGCUCAUUAUCUGGAACCAUGCUUAGGCGAACAAUCUUCAACACCAGGUUGGCAACGAGACCGUUGAGCGCUGCUGAGUCCAAAUCUAUUCGAGCAACCAUCCUUGGAUCGUACAGGAAUAUCCAUCAGUCGGCUCGCCUGCCCGCUAUCACCGCCUCGGAGGCUCACCAUCGGCCUACAUUGCGGCCUCACCAACAGUCUGUGGCCACUCGGGUGAAUGGGUCGUUGCCGACCGGCAAGCGAACAAUCUUCAUUCAAACAGAGAACACCCCGAAUCCCGACGCUCUGAAGUUUAUUCCCAACCACCGUGUUCUUCCGGAAGAUUUUCCAACCUCCUUCCUCGAGUACCUUUCCCCGCGAUCCACUCUCGCUCCUCCCCAUCCAUCGCCGCUGGCUGCAAAUUUAUUUAAUGUCGAUGGCGUCACUUCGGUGUUCUACGGCCCUGAUUUCAUCACCGUGACCAAGGCAAGCGAUGCCAAUUGGGCUCAUAUCAAGCCGGAGAUUUUCAGCCUUAUUACACAAACCGUGACCACCGGUGAGGCAAUUGUCAACACCGUUGCCAAGUCUAGCGAGAAUGCGCAGGAGGGUGGUGAGGAAGAGUCGCUGAGCUACAAUGAGGAGGACGACGAGGUCGUCGGUAUGAUCAAGGAGCUCUUAGAGACCAGAAUCCGACCCGCCAUCCAGGAGGACGGAGGCGACAUUGAAUUCCGGAGCUUCGAGAAUGGCAUUGUCAUGCUGAAGUUGCGUGGAGCGUGUCGGACUUGUGACUCCAGCACAGUUACGCUGAAGAAUGGUAUCGAGUCGAUGCUCAUGCACUACAUCGAAGAGGUGCAGGGAGUCGAGCAGGUUAUGGAUCCGGAGGAGGAGAUCUCAAUGCAUGAAUUUGCCAAGUUUGAGGAGAAACUACGUCAGCAGAAAGGCGCCGGAGCUACUGCUUCAACAGGAGGCAAGGGAACCUUGGACACGGCCGAUUAA